GCAGUAUCGAACAUUGUAAAAUAAUUAUUGUGAAGUCGGCAGUUCCAACUACUACUGUCGUCUGCGAUACUGUUAUGGCGCUCAGCGCUGAAUCAACCAAGUCGAACUAGAGUCUAGACAUUGUGGUCAAGAACAGAUUUUAAACGUGUGAAUGAAGCUGCUCACACUGUUCUUCAACAAGCUCCCGUAGACUUAAUUCAGACAUGGGACUUGUGAGGUGAACUCUGAAUGAAACAAAACGAAGUUUGAGAUGUAUCUUCUACCACUAGCUGUAUUUUCUUGCUCCUUGAGUGCCACUUGGUCAUAUCCGGGUGAGGAGCAGCAUGAGAUCGGAACACUGGCUGGAGAUGUCCAGAACUGGGCGAUGCUCAUUCAGAACUAUAUCAUUCAGCUUGCAAAUGAUGGUAUAAAAAGGGACUUCACUCAGAGCUUUUUGGACCAAGCCAAUUACAUCUCGGAGAAAAAGGACGGCGGGGACCUUGUGCAGCUUGUGAAGGAUACCUUGGGAGACUAUUUUGAAAAGAAGAAAAGAGCAGCUCAGAGGCUGGCUGGAAAGGUUCGAGAAGUGUAUGAUGAAUAUUACGACAAAAAUGUGAGCACGAAAGCAGAAACUUUGAACGAUCUUCCGCCUGAUACCUACUAUGACUCGGAUAUACCUGAUAAACUGCCGAAGGAUCUUGUUUUCAGCCCCUACUUUCGUCAGAAUGUGAGUACCCUGAACUCAACAAUCAAAAUUGCAGAUGAGGUACCAAGAGAUGACCCACACGUCAUCGACGUUGUUUUGUUGACACAGAAGUUGGAGGAUACGUUUAUUCAGAAUGCAAAUGAAGACCCACUUUUAAGGUGGCAGUAUUUUGGUUCUACAACGGGAGUAACCAGGUUGUACCCAGGCCGUGAAUGGUCCACCAACUUUGCCGGGUUCUACGACGAUUACGAUCCUCGGGUCAGGCCCUGGUACAUUCAGGCCACCAGCGGCCCAAAGGAUGUCAUUAUCAUCCUUGAUUGCAGUCUGUCUAUGAAAGGUGAGAAGUUUUCCAUAGCGAAAGCCGUGGCCAAGACAGUCAUCAACACGUUGACGAAGCAGGAUUAUGUCAACGUGAUCUGUGCCAGGAACAGCCAUUGGAAUGAAGUGGGAAAGUGGCACUACUACGACACAAGAGUUUUGAGUUGCCAGGAGGAGAGAAUGGUGAAAGCUACAAAUGCUCACAGAAAGGACUUGAUAGAGAAAAUUGAAAAAUUGGUAGCUGGGGGAACAACGGAACUGGAAAAAGGCUACGACCUAGCCUUUGACCUACUGAGGAGAGCACCUCGCACUGGCUGCCAGUCCAUCAUUGUGUUUGCCACAGACGGGAAAGAUACCGACGGGGAGGAUGUCAGGUGUGGACCAGGGUACUACACAAGGAGUGGGUACGUUCCUGGGCCCAUCUGCAAGUACAACUUUACAUCUGUGUACAACGUGCCGAUGGAAAAGAACAAGUAUCUCGCUCCAAAUGCAAGGAUCUUCAGCUACCUCAUUGUGGAGGACGCGGAGAUGUUCCCCGGUACCCUGGCCUGUGACCACAACGGCAGCAUGCUGAAGCUUCUGACGGGGGAGAACCUCAUCACGCAGAUGUACAACUACUUCGAGUUCCUGUCGGCCAUCGCCGCCACGGAGAACGCGCUGUGGACCGCGCCGUACCUGGACUCAUGGGGGCUGGGUCUGAUGAUCACCCACGCUGUCCCUGUGACCAGUGCCAAAACUGGCAAAUACAUUGGUGUGGUUGGCAUCGAUGCAACCUUGGACGAAAUUGAAAACUUUCUCACCAAGCAUCAGUGGGGGUCAGUUUAUUCCUUCUUGAUCAAUUCCAAUGCAGACGUGAUUUUCCACCCGAAGCUGAAGCCAAGCACAACGUUGCUGGAAGAUCCGAUCUACAUCCCCAUCUCUGGGCUAGAGCAAGACAAAGAUGGCAACCCGAGUGAGUUUUCUGAGAUUGAAGAGGAAAUGCUUCAUGGGGAAACGGGGAUGAAAAUUUUGAACAAAGCAAGAGAUGGAAAGACCAGGACCUACUACUACGGGUCCAUCUUGGACAAAGACUACUCGUUUGCCUUCAGUUUGGCAAGUGAGGAUAUGGAAUUUCGCCGAUCUCAAGAGCCGCGAGACCGCACCAGCAUAGACGAGAGCUACUACAAUCUCCUGAAGAUGUACAACAGCGCCCUUCUGAGGGAGAGACUGCCGGGCGUGUACGAGAAAAUAGACGUGAGAGAGUCCGAGGAGAGGUAUCCCGAACUGAGAAUUACUUACAAGUACUCCACAAUUUUCUUAGCCCCUCAGAGCCACUGUGAUCCCAUCAAGUAUAUGUACAACGACAGCUUGGAAGAGAAGACCUUGGAUGCUCACUUUUGGAUCAACGGAUACAGCGAAGACCAAGGAUGUGAAAGUCGAGAUCAGAAGUUUAACAAAGGCGUUAGAGCUGAUGUUUUGAUCACGCAGCCCAUCGAGAAAAUCUGGAGAGACAGAAAGUUUGAGUCCAUUGAUCAAGUCAAGUGGACAAAUGUGGGGCUUCGGAGCGGAGUAUUUCGCACCUACCCUGGCCACAGAUCUACCAGAGGCUACGACCCAACAAAGCGUCCGUGGUACAAACGUACGAGCUCGGCCCCUCACAAGACCUCUGUGUCCACGCCCUACAUGGACUCGGCGGGGGUGGGCAAGAUCAACACGAUUUCUCAAGCCGUCUUCGAAGGGAUGACCCCCAAGACUGAUGAAGAGUGUAUGAACUUCACCAGAGGGAACUUCAUGGGAGGCUGCAAGUGCGAUGUCGAUGACGACUGCUAUAUCAAGAAGUGCUACCUGAGCAAAGGGCCGGGCCCGAACUCUGACCACCGGCGCUGCGCCACAGAGCGAGUGGAGGCGGUGACGGGCCUGGACAUUCUCUACGACGAUUUCCAGAAGAAGUCCCUGGAGAGCAUGCAGGCGUCGGACUACAAAAAGUCGUGUGGUCAGGUGUACACUUGUCCCAACGGGGAGCCCGGCUGUGAGACAAGGUGCUACUUAUUUGACACAGCAGCGUUUCUGGUGAUGGACCCGGACUUCCUGGUGGCCAACGCUCUCGACGAGUCUCGCUACCAGAGUGUCACCCUAGGCCGGAAAGAGGGAGAAAUCAUGAAGCAUUUGGUCUAUCAUCACAAGUUCUUCACCAGGAAAGAGUCCAUCGACUUUCAGGGAUCUUGUAGAAUUUCUCCGAAAGAACCCAAGUUAACCCUGGAGGGCCAGCCCCAGAAACCAGAAGACACGGACGAUUACUACAAAAACCGUGGGCCGAUCCCCAAGUUCCACAGUGACUUUGGCUGCAUUCAAGACGUGGUCAGCUUCAGGGCCAACGAUGAGGCUUUGGGUCGCAGUGGGAUGAUCACGGGCAACGUGUCCGGUCCGUGUAUGUCGGGCUUCUACUAUGUCACGGCCCUGCCCCAGACCAAUCUCUACCUGCUUGUCAUCGAGGACUGGCUGGCUUACAAACAGUCGCUUUUCUACAACUUCCACUGUAAAAUUACUCAGAGCGUGGUGAACAGCGGGGCCUACAGAAUCAUCAACGGGACGUGCGCGCACAAGGACACCUCGGAGAGCACGCUAAGAGACCAGGGCAAGUGUCCCAAGCUGAACGACGUCCCUCUCAAGUGUCGCUACAACACCGGCACACGACUCACCGCCACCGCCCAUAUCGCCGUCCUGACGGGGACCGUCAUGUGGGUCUUGUUGUCGUGAUACCACUGUGUUCUCCGAGCGAGCGAGCGGAGUCGGAUGUCUGGUAUAUUUGAUAUUCGUAAGUUGGGUUUAGAACUUUUCAAGAGAAUUUUUACCAUGAUAUGUUUGGUUACAGAAUAGACUAUGAGAUAUAUGCUGUGAUUGAUGUAUGUUAUUUUUCUGUGCAGCAGACAAACUCAUCUGAUUAGAUAGACUCUUUUGCCAUUGAAACCUGAUACAGGUUUUGUGUUUCAGUGACUGUUAUGUAUGUCUGUGUUCUGGUUAACGAGCAGUGAUUGUGACAUUAAUUAAAUUGUUUUAAAAUGCACUGUUUAUUAUGUACUUGGAUCUGCCAUCCCCUCUAUGACAAAACAAAAGUUUUUCUCAAAAUCCUCGUUGGGGAAAAAACGGACCCCAGCAGAUUAAAAUGAAGUAAUUAAUCGACUAUGGCAAAUAAAUGUGAGGCAGUGUGGUGGAAUCAAGCUCUCGUCAAUUUUUGGGCAUGAAGAGAUAUUGGUAUCAUCUUAAAGCUUGUUCUCUUGUCUUAUUUUGGAAGAGCAAAGUAUUCCUUUAUCUUGAAUACAAGUCGAGAUAUUUGCGAAUGAAGGAGGUGUGGGUCACCUGUUUUCAGAGGUAAAAUUAGU